AUGGAAGAAAAUGAUAAAAAUAAUAGUCAAUCUGGUUACAAGUCAGAAAACGAUAGUAACGACGACGAAUUUCCGCGAAGAUCUCCAGUGCUAUUGGAUUUGGAUAAAAUGGUGAAGAAGUCCCAUCAAAUAAUCGACGAACAGGAGUCUACUGCCAGCAAUCUUGAACACCAAGGCUUACGAAUUAAAGAGGAACCGAUGUUCAAUUCCUCUGUCAAAGAAGCUGCGUUUAUCCGUCGGCAAUCUCUGAGAAGGCGUUGGCAAGACGACUCAAUGAGCGAACGAUCCAGUACUUCGGGGGAUGGUGUUCUUGUUAUAAGAGUUCCUGAACCUGAAACUGCUGGACCUCACUCGCAUCUAGAAAUUUUGCAUCAGACAAAAAUAAAAUCUGUACAACGCGAAUCUGCUCAAUCUGAGAAAGGUAGUAAUAAUUUCACAGAUUAUAAAAAAUCAGCAUGUGACCGAGAGCGUACGAGAAUGCGCGACAUGAAUCGUGCAUUCGAACUGCUGAGAUCAAAAUUACCAAUUUGCAAGCCGCCUGGUAAAAAAUUGUCUAAGAUUGAAUCGCUGAGACAUGCGAUUACUUAUAUAAGACACUUGCAAAGUCUGUUGGAGCCACAGUAUCCUUAUGCACCGUGUAAUACCGAUGUGGCUAAUUACUAUGCAAACCCGUCGCCGACGAGCUCUUACGAUGUUCAGCAUCCACCCCGAUGGGAAUCUUUGGCUUACUAUCGUUACGACUAUCAUGGACCUUUCGUACCGCCGCCACCACCUGCCUUGCCUCCACCUCGAAGACUCGCAUCCGAAUCAGACGAACAAUAUCGCUACAACCAACACUUGUAA